AUGGUCAACGUCCCCAAGGUCAAACUUAACAAUGGAACGGAGAUGCCGCUGGUCGGCUUCGGUCUCUGGAAGGUCCCCACGGAGUCGGCCUCCGAUGUCGUCUACGAGGCCAUCAAGGCUGGCUACCGUCUUUUCGAUGGUGCUUUCGACUACGGCAAUGAGAAAGAGUGCGGCCAAGGAGUCGCGCGCGCCAUCGCGGAAGGCAUCGUAACCCGCGCCGACCUCUUCAUCGUGUCGAAGCUGUGGAACACCUUCCACGAGUACGAGCGGGUCGAGCCGAUCGUGCGGCAGCAGCUCGAGUGGUGGGGUCUCGAGUACUUCGACCUAUUCCACAUCCACUUCCCGGUGGCGAUCAAGUACGUGGACCCCGCGGUGUCGUACCCCAGCGGCUGGCAAGAUCUCGACGGCAAAGUCACGCCGAUCCGCGCGCCGAUCCAGAAGACGUGGGAGGCGCUCGAGAACCUGUACGACCAGGGCCUGUUCAAGAGCAUUGGUGUGAGCAACUUCCAGGGUGGCCUUCUGCUGGAUCUGCUGCGGUAUGCGCGCGUGCCGCCGGCGGUCCUGCAGGUCGAGCUCCACCCUUACCUCGUCCAGCAGGAGCUCGUCGAGCUCGCGAAGGAGAACGGUAUCGCCCUCACCGCCUACUCGUCCUUCGGCCCCCAGUCGUUCCUCGAGCUCUCGUUCAAGAAUGCCGCAGACACCCCGGCGCUGUUUGAACACCCCGCUAUCAAGAAGAUCGCCGAGGCACACGGAAAGAGUCCCGCGCAGGUGCUGCUGAGGUGGAGCACCCAGCGUGGUAUUGCCGUCAUCCCGAAGAGUAACUCGAAGCACCGUCUGCCCGAGAACUUGGAUAUCUGCAGCUUUGACAUGACCGACGAUGAAUUGAAGAGCAUCUCCGCACUGGACAAGAAUCUGAGGUUCAACAACCCCCGGGAUUACUUGGGUACCCUGCAGAUCUUCGCAUAG